AUGUCCGCGGCUAUGAUGCCCUUCGGUGCCGGCAAGACCGCCAAGGUGAAGUCUGAGGACAUGGAGUGCAUGGGCGGCGAUGCAGCCGCAGUAACUACACCAAAGGUACCCCGCGUGGAACGUCUACUCGAUGUACUACGACGAUGCUCAGCAGGUAGCCUGCGCCUCGCGAUGACAACCAUUGCCAGCUCAGUGCAGUAUGAUAAGGGUUCUUAG